AUGGCGGAUAAGAGCGAAGCUGAAAAUGGUGAUAUUGACGAAUCGUUAAGUCUACAAUUAUCUGAGAUAGAAAUUCUCCAGUCAAUGUUUACCGAAGGAAAAGAAUUGAAUAUAGACCUCGCUGGUUUGGCUGAAAUACAAGAUUACUUAUCAGGCAGCAUAAAUAUUAAACCAAACCGAAUAGCAUUCACUCUCAAUCUUUUUCUAAGUUACAACUUUAACAGUCAAGAGUACUUGGAAGUGAAUUGUUGUUUGCCUCAAAGAUAUCCGCAUGAAAUGCCUGACGUUUAUGUUAAAUCUAGUUCACUUACAAGGGAAAUUCAGAAAGAACUGAACGAAUCAACUGGUGAAUUUGUAACAACUUUGGAACGUGGGGAACUAUGUGUUGUCACUAUUAUUCAAUGGCUACGAGAAACUUGGCCUGAUUUUUACGAAAGAAGCAUACAGCUCACAAACAGUAAAGAGGUAGAAGUUGCUAAAACUGGGAAAAAAGAGGCAAAAUGUGAGGGAAAUUUGUCAAGAAUUUGGUUGUAUAUGCAUCAUAUUUACAGCAAAACCAAAAGAAAGCAUAUACUUGAUUGGGCUAACGAGUCGAAAUUGACUGGAUUUUCCUUGCCCGGUAAACCGGGGGUUGUUUGCAUUGAGGGUGAUUCAAGGGACGCCGAAGAGUAUUUUAGCCGAUUAAGACGUUUGAACUGGAAGAAAAUAACUUGUCGACACAAGGAGGAGAGAAUCGGGCGACGAAAAUUUGACGAUUUUAAAGAGUUGGUUUUUCAUGUUCACAGUAGCGGUGAUGAUAGAAUGGACUUUGGUGAAUUCUUUCAAUUUCUUGUAAAACACGAUCUAGGAGAGAUGUUUAAAAUACUGUUUGGAAUUGAGGGAAAUUGA